CAUAUAAGGCUCGUUGACUGUAGCCGGACGGCCCGGACAGCCUCGGCUUUACUUCCUGCCUGCCGAAAUAACAUACAGGAGGGCAGUACCCACAUAAAGUGCCGUCUCACUUGAAAGACACAACGCAGUUUAGGACUGACCAUGACCCAGCAGGAGCAGGAAGAUUUCAUGGAGAGCCUGGAGGCGGCCCUCUUGUGGAUGCAGGCCACCCAGGAGAGGCUUAAAACCAAUGACAACACCCAGGGGCCCCUUGAUGCCCUGGAGGCCAGACUCAGGGAGACAGAGAAAAUCCAUCAGUCAGAGCAUGAAGGUCGUGUAAAGAUGGACAUGGCAUUGGUUGUAGCAGAGAAACUUUUGGGGAACGGAGAUGAAGAACUGAGGAGCCACACCCUCGCUAAACUCAAAGAUCUGAAAAGCCUGUGGGAGGAGACCGCCACCUACAUCAUCCAUUGUCACAGUCGAAUUGAGUGGGUGUGGCUUCACUGGAGUGAGUACCUGAAGGCUUACGAGGAGUUUGAGCUUUGGCUGACGAGGCAGCAGCGCAUCUUGACUGCUGGAGUGGAGCAGCAGCUGGGGUUGAAGGAGAAGCUUUGGCAGGUGGAUCAGCAAAGAGUGAUAGUAAGCGACAUUCAUGGACAGGCUGUGCUGUUGGAGAGGCUGUUAAACGAGGCUGCAGCGCUGCACAACAGAACCCAGGACCACAGUGUGGAGCCCCAAACCCAGAAGAGGCUGCAAGAGGCUUACAAAGACGUCCAAGAAAGAGCUGAGGAGCGUCUGUUGCUGCUUCAGAAGAUAGCCGAGGAUCAUCAGAUAUACCAAGGCUGCGUUCAGGGGUUCCAGUCGUGGCUGCUGUUAAAAACCAAGGAGUUAACUGAUCUGAUGGACAGCGAGAACACAGCUGAGAUUAAGCUCAAAGCCUUAAAAGCUCUGGAUGACAGUGUGGCCAGUGAGGAGAAGACCCUUCAGCAUAUCGAGGGUGUUGCGGAGGCAGUGAGGAGCAGCACCUCUCCUGCAGGUGUGGAGGUAGUGGUGGAAGAGGCUGAGGAGCUGAGGCUGGGCUGGCAAAGGCUGAGACAGGGCCUCUGGGAGGCUGAGGAGGGCCUGCGCUUGAGCCUGGACUCUUACAGUCACUACAUGGCCGGUUGUCAGCAACUUGGAGAGGACAUUGGCCUCCUCAGGCAGAUGUUGCAGGGGCUGAACCAGGACCUGGAUGAGGGAUGCAAGAUUGAGGACUGUACUGAGGAGCAGAUAGUUGGCCAGUGGAGGAAAUACACGGGUGUGAAGAAUACUCUGGCAAGGGAAGAGUCCCAGGUGGAACUUCUCAAAUCCCAGCUCAAGGAGCUCUUUAAGUUCUCAGUGGACUCACGGCAACUUUCUGAUGAUGUCCUGGCUGUUGUCAAAGAGCAUCAGAGUGUGAAAUCUAGAGCAACCAGGCUGUGUUCAGAGUUGCAGUCAGGGCUGAGAAACAUUCUCCAGGACCCGCUGUUGGUCUACACCCAAUGGAGCCACAUGGUCUCUCAGGUGUUGGAGGCAUCUGCUGAGGUUACUGACUUCUCCCAUAUUGCCAUGAUAGUCCAGAACAUAGAGAGCCUGUUGAAGGAUGGUGUCCAGUUGCAGGAGCAUUUCAGCCUGCUGCAUGUGAAGGGAGACCUGCUGGACUCUGUGUUUGGUCAUGAGAGGUCUGAUGCUUUGCAGGGUGAGCUGGGUGCUGCCAUCAAAAACAGAGAGCUGCUGCACACUCAGCUGCUGCAGAGGAAGAGCAGAUUACAGGCCUUGAUCUCAAGAACCAAGGAUUUUGGUGAUGCCUACAAGUUGAUCCACACUAAGAUGGCCUAUCUUCAAGACCAACUGGUGAUAGCGGAUGGACUUCACCCUGACAUUUUGGCCAAGAAAAGUCAGUUGGACCAGUAUAGGAUGAUCCAGAGGGACCUGGUGGACUGUGAAGCCCACAUCAUAGCACUGAAGACUCUGGUCUCUUCCAGUCAGAGCAACAGGACUCAAUUCGAGAGGCUGUAUGCUGACUGGAAUCAUCUUCAAAAGGCAGUCAGGACAAAGGUGCAUGAGAGUGAGGAGAGCAUCACAGUUCAUGAGAGCUUCCAUGACAGCUUGCUGAACAUAGAGAAGUGGCUGAUGAUAAUGAAGCAAAAGUUGAAGUCAUUUCACAGCUCCGCAGGAGAAUGGAGCAUAGAGGGCCGCCAACAUGAAGCAGAGGUUUGUUUGUGUGUUUUUCUUACACUUCUGUGCUCACAAUCAACUGUUUUUAGAGGAACUUAUAGCAAGUCCUUGACACAGAUGCUCCUGGUGACAGGAGGCUCCUGGCACAUCUGGAGACAGGGAGAGAUUGAGAUGAACUCGGUGGAGAUCAACUUUAUAAUCCAGACAUUGUUUUAA